UGUUUUUUUUGAAUUUUGCUGCAGAAACUGGUUUGCUUUGUAUUUGUGCCUACUCUUCAUCAUUCAUCACGAUUGCGUAAAAGGUCUUCAAACAUGCAGAAAAAAACUUCGCGUAAAAACUUGGACUGGAGCUGAAUAAAGACCCGAAAAGGUACAACCAAAAGACAGAAUAAGACCCAGAAGAUCAGGAUAUCAGAAUCAGAUGGUGCCUGCCCACAUGCAUCAAACCGAAUGAGCAAAGAUGAGAGGGCCAUCCCCAAGUCCAGUUGAACCCAGACACCGCCUAUCUGGUUCAGCCAAUGAAGAUGCUAACAAAAGAAGGUCCCAGAGAAAUAAAGUUCUUAAAGAUAUUGAAAAGGCUCUCCACGUUCAUGCUACAGAUAGAAUCUUGAAUUGCAAGCCUACCUUGAAGCUUGUGCUGAUCAUUCUUGUAUUUGGGACUUUUGUGACGCUCUUCCUCUCUUCUGCUGUUUAUAAUACAGAUCAUCUAUCCACUUCUGUAUCUCAGCUAACUUAUCAACACAUAUGGACGAAAAAGAGUGCUGCUGCAGAUUUACGUUACGUAUCAUCUUUAAACAUUAACUGGAAUGAAAUUUCUGGUUUUAUUGAAAACCUGACUGACGGUAAAGAUAAUCUGGGAAUUGGGCUAUUAAACUUUGACCACAAUGAGAUUGACCAUUGGAAGGAGCUCUUGCCAGAUUGUGAACAUGUUGUUCUAAAACUCAACUAUGCGGCAAAUAACAUAACAUGGGAAUCCCUGUAUCCUGAAUGGAUAGAUGAAGAACAAGAGUCCGAAGUCCCUACUUGUCCCUCUCUACCAAAGCUUCAAAUUCCUGGAAAACCGCGUCUUGAUCUGGUUGCUGUCAAGCUUCCCUGCAACAAGUCAGGCAGCUGGUCAAGAGAUGUGGCUCGGUUGCACUUGCAGCUUGAAGCAGCAAGGCUGGCUGCCUCUUCCAAAGGAUAUCACCCUGUGCGUGUGCUUUUGGUGACUGACUGUUUCCCAAUCCCAAAUUUAUUCACUUGCAAGGAUCUUGUUAGACGUGAAGGGAAUAUAUGGCUCUAUGAACCAAACCCGAAUACGUUGAGAGAUAAGUUACAGCUCCCUGUAGGGUCAUGUGAACUUGCAGUUCCUCUCAAGGCUAAAGAACAUGUUAACUCCCAAAGAGCCCACAGAGAAGCAUAUGCGACAAUCCUACACUCUGCCCAUGUAUACGUUUGUGGAGCCAUUGCUGCAGCUCAGAGCAUCCGAAUGGCUGGUUCAACACGAGAUCUUGUCAUACUGGUAGAUGAAACAAUCACCGAGUAUCAUCGAGGGGGAUUGGAGGCUGCUGGGUGGAAGAUCCACACAAUCCAAAGAAUCAGGAACCCUAAAGCUGAACCAGAAGCGUACAAUGAAUGGAACUACAGCAAAUUCCGUCUUUGGCAGUUGACGGAUUAUGACAAGAUCAUUUUCAUUGAUGCAGACAUGCUGAUACUUCGAAAUAUUGAUUUCCUGUUUCAGAUGCCCGAAAUAUCUGCCACAGGAAAUGAUGCUAGUUUGUUCAACUCAGGUGUGAUGGUUGUGGAACCAUCAAAUUGUACAUUCCAGCUGCUCAUGGAUCAUGUCAAUGAAAUUGUAUCUUACAACGGCGGGGAUCAGGGAUAUCUCAAUGAGAUAUUUACAUGGUGGCACAGGAUCCCAAAGCAUAUGAACUUCUUGAAACAUUUCUGGGAAGGUGAUGAGCCGGAGAUAAAGCAGAUGAAAACUCGCCUAUUCGAAGCUGACCCUCCAAUCCUCUAUGUCCUCCAUUAUCUGGGCAAUAAACCAUGGCUAUGCUUCCGUGACUAUGACUGCAACUGGAAUGUGGAUUUUAUGCAGGAGUUUGCUAGUGACGUUGCACAUAAAAGGUGGUGGAAAGUGCAUGAUGCUAUGCCCCAGAACUUGCAAAACUUCUGCUUGCUCCGGACAGAGCAGAAGGCAGGCCUAGAGUGGGAUCGGAGGCAAGCCGAGAAAGCAAAUUACACUGACGGCCACUGGAAAAUUAAGAUAAAAGACGAUCGUUUGAAGACAUGCUCUGAGGAAUUCUGCUCCUGGAAGAACAUGUUACGGCACUGGGGCGAAAAGAAUUGGACAGAUAAUGCUAUUAUUACUCCAUCGCUACCUGCACUUACUACUACUGCAUCGGUCUCUUUGUUAUGACUUGUUUUCUUCUUUCAUACUUGCAUACUUCCGUUCUGAAGACACAAGUAGUGUAUCUGCUUUAAAUUCAGUUAGUCUAGGUCAACAAUUUUUUUGUAAAAUUUUGUGCGCAUAUUCCCCAAUACGUCUUACACAAAUGUUUCCAUUAAUGUGCCAUAGAUUCUUGUACUUUCAAUGCUUUUUGAGGCUGCAUGCCAUGAUAUCAUGAUUUCUUUGUUUGUUGCU